GGGGAGAGAGAGAGAGAGAGGCUAUUAUCGAUUUAUCAUCCACAUUUAUCUAUAUAUCUCUUGCAUAUCGGCAUUUGAGCUCGAGGAAAUCCGGCCGAAUAAAUUUAGGGUGGCUCUUCUUUUUCUCUCUCGAAAACGGAACGGACCCUUUUCCUACCUUAUUUAUCCAGAUUAGUGUAUCUGCGAUUACUUUUUUCCGUCAUUCCAUCCUUUGGAGGUAUAUAUGGCGCACGUUUUAGUUCAAUCGACCAGCUUCCCAUCUUCAGUUGGUUUGGUGAAUAAUGGGCAGUUUGAGGGAUCUAGCAAAAACAAAAAGGCAUCCACAAUGCUCUGCUGUACAAAGUCGGCCCCUGUGAGAGCGAGGAGUUACUCAGGACUUCGAGGAGCUAAUGCCUUGGACAUGUUGGUGAGAAAAAGUGGUCAGACACUCCAAUCAAAGGUUGCCUCAGCCACCUUUGGCAAGCGAGGGAAGAAACAGCGAAUGGUGCCACGGGCAAUGUUUGAGCGCUUCACAGAAAAAGCAAUUAAAGUCAUUAUGCUUGCACAGGAGGAGGCAAGACGGCUUGGCCAUAACUUUGUUGGAACAGAACAGAUUUUGCUGGGGCUUAUUGGUGAGGGCACUGGUAUUGCUGCAAAGGUGCUCAAGUCCAUGGGUAUCAAUCUCAAGGAUGCACGUGUGGAGGUUGAGAAAAUAAUUGGACGAGGUAGUGGAUUUGUGGCUGUGGAGAUCCCUUUUACGCCUCGUGCAAAGCGUGUCUUAGAACUCUCUUUGGAGGAAGCCCGUCAGCUUGGUCACAAUUACAUUGGAUCGGAGCACUUGUUGUUGGGAUUGCUGCGUGAGGGUGAAGGUGUGGCAGCUCGUGUCCUUGAGAAUUUAGGUGCUGACCCUAGCAACAUUAGAACUCAGGUUAUCAGAAUGGUGGGUGAAAGUGCUGAGGCUGUUGGAGCUGGUGUUGGGGGUGGGAGCUCGGGCAACAAGAUGCCCACACUAGAGGAGUACGGUACCAAUUUGACCAAGCUAGCAGAGGAGGGUAAGCUAGAUCCAGUUGUCGGACGGCAGGAUCAAAUUGAGCGUGUGACUCAAAUUCUGGGACGUCGCACUAAAAAUAACCCCUGUCUCAUCGGAGAACCAGGAGUUGGAAAAACAGCAAUUGCUGAGGGUCUUGCUCAGAGAAUUGCCACUGGGGAUGUUCCAGAGACAAUUGAGGGGAAGAAGGUUAUUACUCUAGAUAUGGGUCUUCUUGUUGCUGGGACUAAGUAUCGUGGUGAAUUUGAAGAAAGAUUGAAGAAGCUGAUGGAGGAAAUUAAGCAAAGUGAUGAAAUCAUUCUCUUCAUUGAUGAGGUGCACACAUUGAUUGGAGCAGGAGCUGCAGAGGGAGCAAUCGAUGCUGCAAACAUAUUGAAGCCUGCUUUGGCUCGUGGUGAACUACAGUGUAUAGGUGCCACUACACUUGAUGAGUACCGGAAACACAUUGAGAAGGAUCCUGCACUCGAAAGGAGGUUUCAACCUGUCAAGGUCCCUGAACCAACAGUAGAUGAAACCAUUCAGAUUCUUAAAGGGCUUCGAGAGCGCUAUGAGAUCCACCACAAGCUUCGUUACACUGAUGAAGCAUUAGUUGCUGCAGCACAGUUGUCAUAUCAGUAUAUCAGUGAUCGAUUUUUGCCUGAUAAGGCAAUUGAUUUGGUUGAUGAAGCUGGUUCCCGAGUCCGACUUCGUCAUGCACAGCUACCCGAAGAAGCUAGAGAGCUCGAGAGAGAACUCAGGCAGAUCACUAAGGAGAAGAAUGAGGCUGUCCGAGGUCAAGACUUUGAGAAGGCUGGGGAGCUGCGUGAUAGAGAAAUGGAUCUAAAGGCACAGAUAUCGGCUCUUGUAGACAAAAACAAGGAGAUGUCGAAGGCAGAAAGUGAGGCUGGGGAUGGAGGUCCAGUAGUCACAGAGGUUGACAUUCAACAUAUUGUUUCUUCUUGGACCGGCAUCCCUGUAGAGAAGGUGUCCACUGACGAAUCCGACCGACUCCUCAAGAUGGAGGAGACCCUUCACACGAGGGUCAUUGGGCAAGACGAAGCCGUCAAAGCCAUUAGUCGUGCUAUUCGCCGGGCCCGUGUUGGUCUCAAGAAUCCCAACCGCCCUAUCGCUAGCUUCAUCUUCUCCGGUCCAACUGGUGUGGGUAAAUCAGAACUGGCUAAAGCACUGGCUGCCUACUACUUUGGAUCUGAAGAGGCCAUGAUUAGGCUCGAUAUGAGUGAGUUCAUGGAGCGACACACUGUAUCAAAGCUUAUCGGUUCGCCUCCUGGUUAUGUUGGCUACACUGAAGGUGGACAGCUGACAGAGGCCGUCCGGCGCCGCCCGUAUACCGUUGUUCUCUUUGAUGAAAUUGAGAAGGCUCAUCCUGAUGUCUUCAACAUGAUGCUUCAAAUUCUUGAAGAUGGAAGGUUGACCGACAGCAAAGGUAGAACCGUGGAUUUCAAAAACACGCUGCUCAUAAUGACCUCAAAUGUUGGAAGCAGUGUAAUCGAGAAGGGAGGCCGUCGUAUAGGUUUCGAUCUGGACUACGACGAGAAGGAUAGCAGUUACAACCGGAUCAAGAGUUUGGUGACAGAAGAGCUGAAACAAUACUUCCGGCCUGAGUUCUUGAACAGAUUGGAUGAGAUGAUUGUAUUCCGGCAGCUCACCAAGCUCGAGGUGAAGGAGAUUGCGGAUAUAAUGCUGAAGGAGGUCUUCGAGAGGCUCAAAACCAAGGAAAUAGAGCUUCAGGUGACAGAGAGAUUCAGAGAUAGGGUGGUGGACGAAGGAUACAACCCGAGCUAUGGAGCUAGGCCCCUCCGAAGAGCCAUCAUGAGACUCUUGGAGGAUAGCAUGGCUGAGAAGAUGCUCGCACGUGAGAUAAAGGAAGGCGAUUCCGUUAUUGUGGAUGUGGAUUCAGAUGGGAACGUGAUAGUUCUCAAUGGGAGCAGUGGUACCCCUCCCGAACCGGCAGCGCCUGAGCCCAUGGUAGUUUAGACUUUGCCUUUGAGUUAUCGACUAUGGUGGUGUUGUCUGUAUUGCGUUUGAAUUUGUCCGCGAAUGGUCAUCCGGCGAUGCAGUGGUCAUCGUCCGUUAACAACGGCCAGCACCAGCAGCUCUUUAGAAUAUUAUAUCAACUACUCUGAUGAACUGUAUGAAAAUUUUAGCCUUUCAGUUGGGAUGAGUUGUUACUCUUGCAGGGGUAUGUUGUUUCGGAUGGUGAUUCCCUUCAGACAUUGGUUAUCUCUGUUUGUUUCUUGCUGUCUGUAUUAAACUGUCGAUGGGUAGUACUCACUUUCCUUUUCA